UAAUUAUGUUUAUUGUGUUAAUCUAUCACUUAUCAUGAUUGAUCACAAUUAACAAUAAAGAAUUUGCAUAUUGAAUUUACAAAGCCUGACACGCGUCAGUGAUAACAGAUUAAACAAAUUUAAGCCAGAUACUAAAAAUUAAUGUAUCAAGUAAUUUAAGUAAUAAAGAUUGAAACAUAAAAUUACAAAAUAAAUGAGAAAUGAUAUUCAUAAAUAAAUACAUGUGCUAUAUAAAGAUUAAUUAACAAAGAUUGACACGCGUAGUUGUAAAAUAAAUUAAGCCGAUUAAUCAAAUUAACAAAGUUAACCAUCAAAAGUUUAAAAGAAAAAUUCAGCAAUUUAACAUUUUUUUUAGAUUAAAAAAUUAAAUUACCAAAUUAAGACGAAGUAAGCCAGACGAAUAAGAGUAGGUUGAUCCUACUUCUUCUCUCAAACAAGUCAAACAACAGAACGUAGAACUGCUGGAUGUUACCAAGAAAUUGAUGUCUUGUAAAGAUAACUGUUGACAGUCAUAGUGGUACCACGAAUUGCAAGAGUCACACUGUACUGAGUUCUUGGUGCAAUUCUGUCUGCAGUCACCACAGGGCCAGAAAACCGACCUUUUUAGGGUGUUCGGUGGUGUUCGGUGGUGUGCGGUGGUGUUCGGUGGUGAAAAGACCAACCGGAGAUUUACUUCCUUGUUUAUAUGUAUACAUGUUGUGGUAAAUUGUCGUCAACGACCAAAAAGAAGACCAAUUAAGUUUUUCCAUCAAUAAUGGAGAUGGCCAAACGAAGAAAAUCAGAACAUGAAAAUGACGAAGAAAGAUCACUAAAUACAUCAUUAUCAGCGUUUCGUUUCCCAGAUUUAAACAUCAAAGUUAACAAUGAAAAUCUUUAUGUGAACAGAGACCAGCUUAUGGAAGAAUCGCCAGUUUUCAGGACAAUGCUGACCGGAAAUUUUAAGGAGAAGGACGCUCGUGAGAUUGAACUUCCUGAUAAAGAUCCAGCAACAUUUGCUCUCUUUCUAAGACACACAUUACCUGGUUUCGAUGGAUUGAUUUUGUCAGCAGUAACAGCUCGUAGCAUUUUACCGUUGGCACAUGAAUACCAGACGGAUACAUCAUUGGUAAAAAUCGACAAGGUAUUAGCAGCAUGCACUGCUGAAAAUGAAUACAAAUCCGUAGACAAGUUAGUGGAUGAUAUUCUAGAAGCUGAACUCUACUCUCUUUCGAAAUAUUUAACAGCUUGUAUUGCAAAUGCAAGCGUAUUCUCUCCCACGGCGUUUCAAAGAACUGGUAGGUUUGACAAGAUAUCAAGUGAUACAAAAGCAAACAUUUUCAUAAUGAGAUGUGCAGCCAUGGACAAGAUGGAAUCAAAGAUCAGCAAUUGUAUGAAAGUUUUAGAAAACGUUAGUUAUUGUAAUUGUAGGGAAAAAUGUGACAACAAAAAAAAAGUUGAAAAUGCAAAAAACAUACUCAGAUAAAUGUACUACUACACGGCAGCAUUGAUGAGAUUCAUGAAACGAGUAAUUGUUAUUAUUUGUUAAUUAAUUCAUUACAUUAUCUUAUGACAUUAAAGUAAUGUACU